AUGAAUUCCAGAACGCUACUCGGAAAAGUUGCCAUUAUUAGCGGCUCAUCCUCUGGCAUUGGUGCCGCUAUUGUCCGAGAAUUAUCCGCUCGUGGUGCGAAUAUAGUCGUCAAUUACCCCUUCGAUGACCUUCGGGAAGAAGCGGAUGCCGUUGUAUCCUCUCUAUCAACUCCGGCAGUUGCCGUGGAGGCUGAUAUGUCUACAGUCACAGCGCCACAACUCCUGGUAGACGCUGCUGUCUCCAAAUGGGGAAGAAUCGACAUCGUGGUCAACUGCGUCGCAUUGGCAGUAAACAAGCCGCUGGAAGAGCAAACACUUGAAGAUUGGGACUUACUCGUCAAUGUGAACGGUCGUGGCACAUUCCUCCUGACGCAAGCCAGUCUUCCGCACCUCACUAAGGGAACGGGGCGAAUCGUCAAUAUCGCGAGCAUUUCGGCUCGAGGCCCGCCCCCUAAUCAGACAAUUUACGCGGGCACCAAAGGAAUGGUGGACUCCUUUACCAAAUGCUGGGCGAAAGAGCUUCCUCCCAAGUAUGGAUGCACCGUCAACGCUGUUAGUCCGGGCCCAACCAAGACCGAGGGCUUUGCUGCCGCCGGAGAGGAACAGAUGAAGAUCCUUCAACCAAUUAUUGAUCAAACUCCCGUUGGACCGAGAAUGGCAGCGCCAGAAGAGAUUGCGUUCGCUGUCGGGUUUCUUUGCGAGGAACGGGCACGGUGGAUAAAUGGGUCACACAUCAUCGCUUCCGGUGGCUUGUUUAUUGACUAG